AUGGGCUGCUGUUGCUCACGCUCCGAGGACGCCUCAGGCUCCACGAGCUCCACGGGCUAUCCAUCCACGAGCUCCACGAGUACCCGACACAUCGAGAAAGAGUUCAAGAAGAUCAAGAAGCGUCAAAUCAACAGAUUUGAAUCAAUCCUCAUCGCGGAGAAGGAGGACAUGCGCCAGGCGAAUGAUGCCGAAGAGCGCGAUGAGAUCCAAGAGAAGUUCAACGAGGUUAAAAGGAGGGUCAUAGACGAGUUUCGCGAUGAAUGGGAGGCCUACGAGGACCCCAAGCCUCGCUUCUGGGGCGACUCUGUUUCCCUCCAGUAG